AUGUGGUCUGUUUCACGAAUCUUUGGGGAUUCAAAAUGGAUAAAGGCGAUAUUGAUUUCGAUCGUUUUACAAGCAGUAUUAGCCAUAAUUUUUGAAUCAAUUAUAUUAGGAAGUCAUGCUAAUGAAAUCAAUAUCAUCAAUCAAGAAAGAUUAAACCAGCAAGCAUUUGGACAAACCCUUAGAAUAGCUUAUGCCAACGCACGAUCAUUACUAGUCUAUUUCGCUCUAUUCAUUAUCGCUCAACUAUUCACAGUCAUUUUAGUGAUAGACGCUGUCCUCCAGAAAAAUACAAUAGAGCUAAUCGCGCUGGCCGCAUUCGAAUUGGGCCUCAGUGCAUAUGCCAUCAUUCAGUUCCAUCAAGCCUCUAAUUUAUUUUCCAACAAGGACGACCCAACCGUAUUACUCGUCUUGGCCUUUUUGGGUGGCGAUUACCAUGCUUCGAAAUGGGCAGAGAUCACACAGAUAUGCAUCAUGCUUAUCUUUACUAUACUUUUCAUAUUUUUAGCAUAUAAACUCUACUUGGAGUUUGGUUGGCAAAUUUACAAAAAGAUUGGCGCAGAUUUAGCUAUGCGAGAUCGCUACAAGAUGUAUCAGAUAUUCAUGAUGCUACUCAAAUUUGAUUUUUUCUUCUUUUUGGCAUUUUCAAUCCAAUACCUUGUAUUGCUCAUCGUCACUUGGUUACCAGAAGCAGAUACUCCAGAAUCUAAAGCAUUAAUUGUUAGAGAAUUGAUUGAACAUAUCGUUCUUAGUUGCCUUGUUUCCAUUGCCAUGUUGGCAUUAGCUUAUUGGGGUUUACGUAGAGAAUGCAAAAUACACAUGUACUUGUUUACGGCUCUAUCUAUGGCAAGCAUGGGGUACUUUAUUUACAUGUUAGUCACCAUAUCCAAGGAUCCUGAUCGAUUUGUUGGUUCCAAGGCUUUCUUGACUUUCUUUUUAUGCGUUGAUAUGGUGCUAAUUUUGGUCUCUGUGCCCGUUGCUCUCAUUUGUCUCAAGAACUUUAAUCAUGGCUUGAUUAAUCACAUAUCUCAUGUCUCUUCUCAUUCAAUGCACUCUAUCAAUAACAAUACAGGGCCUAUAGAUGCUACUAAUCCUGAGAGAUGGUCUAUUGAAUAA